AUGUCGAGCUACACGCCUGAACUGUCAUAUUACCACCUUACUCCAGACGUUGUGGAUACCCUGAAGAAUGUCAUCAUCGAGGCGGGACUGGCGUAUAUCGCCUACGGCAUGCAAGCAGCGCUCACUCUCGCCGCCGUGCGCAUCCUGCUACGGCGCGAGGCGCGCGCCCGCUUCAUGCUCGCGGCCAUUGUUGGCCUCUUCGUAGUCUCGACGUUGGCUGUCGUGACCGAUAUCGAGUACUACCUGGUCCAAUUCCCAUCUGCGCUGGGCACGGCAUCGGAGGACGUGCAGGCACUGAUGAACGGGCUGGAUAUCGUCGGCGUCGUCACCGUCCGCUUGAGUCACAAUAUCAAACCGCCCUGUACGAUGGACAUUGCUGGUGUGCAUAUGCGGAAGUGCCGACCUCUAGUGGGCGCAAUUGUCAACUCCUACUGGAACAUCAAGUCCAUCACUACCUAUGAACGCAUACCCAUGACACGCACCCUUGUAAUGACCGUCCCGCUCCUUUUCACCAAUAUCGUCGCGACGACUUUGAUCGGGGUGAAAGUCUGGUGGUACCGCCGCGAGAUCAAGGGUUCCCUCGGCUUGUUUGCCAAAAAGUCGCAGGUCGAGAGCGUGUUGAUGUUGCUGUUGGAAACAGGCUUCGUCUACUGCGUUGUCUGGAGCGACGAUCCGGGUGCAGGGUUCACACCCAUGCAGAUUCUGGGUAAUGUGAUCCCGUUCAUCACAGGACUGUACCCUCCGGUCAUCGUAAUGAUUACGCUGCGGAAGAGUUCAGCUCAAUCGCUCCUGCAAAGCGCGCAGAUAUCGCACGUCAUGCGCUUCGCAGACCUACCCGACAUGCAGAUAGAGGACAGCAUGGCUGGUCUUGCAGGUGUACGAAAGGACUCCACUUCGGGGCACACGGUCAACAACUUCAUACCGAGAUCGUCCACUGAACUUCAUGGACCAGAGACGAGUGGUGAUGUCGUCGAGGUGACGAGACGUCGCCUGUCAGCGAAGUUCAAGUUGAUCUUCGAACUUACCAAUCACAUGGCGAUGACAGUGACAUACAGACCGCUGAAUGCGGACGACGUGCGCGCAAUGCGAUACGUGAUCAUAGAGACAGCAGUUGAAUACGGGUGCUACGGCAUACACGCGGCUCUGUCCUUGGUGGCCAUUGCUAUCCUUGUACGCCACCGCGGCCGACGACCGGGCUUCAUGCUCGCGGUCGUCAAUAUUCUCUUGAUCUUCUCCUUCAUUGCGGUCAUUGGCAACACAAUAUACUACCUCAUUCAAUUCCCGCCGGGAUUCGGAACCUCGACCCGGGACGUUUGGGAAAUCAGCGCGAAUUGGGAUAUUGCGACUGCCGUUGUCAAGCGAUUCAACUACGUCGCAAGCGAUGCGAUUGUUGCUUGGCGCGUCUGGAUUAUCUGGCGUGAUAGCCGCCUCGUGAAGGCCAUCCUUUUCCUAUGCAUGUGCGGGAGUCUGGCUGGUGCCAUCGUCGCGUGUGUAUGGACGGUACAGAGCGACAAAGCCGACAAGUACUACCGUCGCGAGAUCAAAGCCUGUCUAGGGCUGUUCACGCGGAUGUCUCUCUCGGAGAAAGUCCUCUUAACGUUCCUCGAGUCAGGGUGUCUGUACAUCCUCAUAUGGACGGCUUACAUUGUCCUUGACGCCAUCCUUGGAAACGUUGGCUUUACGGUCAUAAACUUUAUCGGCUCCGCCAUGCCCAGCGUCGCCGGGAUAUAUCUCACGUUGGUUGUCAUCGUCGUCAUGACCACGAAAGAGCAGCAGAGCUUGAUCAGCAGCGCGCAGAUAUCGCGCGCAAUGCGAUUAGCAGGCCCCGUCGGUACCGGUGCUUCUUCGAAGGACACAGGCAGCGAGGUCCAUGGAGAAGCGCAUUCGCCAACACCAGACCUCACGAACAGCAUCAGGCCGAGCGUGCAGGAGCGCGAAGGCGUUGAAUUGCGGUGUCCCUCGCAUGGGCUCUAG